AUGAGGCUGUGCUGGCUCCCCGUCCUGCUCCUCGCCGCCGAGAUGCCUGCAGUGGAAGGCAAUUGUGAGAGAAACGAGUUCCAAUGCGAAGAUGGGAAAUGCAUCGCCUACAAGUGGGUUUGUGACGGGAGUGCCGAGUGCCAGGACCAGUCUGAUGAAUCCCAGGAGACAUGUAAGUCUGUCACCUGUAAGAUGGAGGACUUCAGCUGUGGGGGUCGUGUCAACCGUUGUAUUCCUGAAUUCUGGAGAUGUGACGGCCAGGUGGACUGCGAGAAUGGCUCGGACGAGCAAGGCUGCGCCCCCAAGACCUGUUCCCCAGACGAGUUCCGCUGCCGUGACGGCAAGUGCAUUGCCUCAGAGUUCAUCUGUGACUCGGACCGAGACUGCCUGGACGGCUCGGACGAGGAGUCCUGCCCCCCGCCCACCUGCGGCCCCGCCAGCUUCCAGUGCAACAGCUCCUCCUGCAUCCCUGAGCUGUGGGCCUGCGACGGCGACCCCGACUGCGAUGAUGGCUCAGACGAGUGGCCGCAGAACUGCGGGGGCCGCAACACGUCAGCCAAGCACGGGGACAACCCUUGCCUGGCCAGCGAGUUCCUCUGCCGCAGCGGCGAGUGCGUCCACCGGAGCUGGCGCUGCGACGGCAGCCCUGACUGCAAGGACAAGUCGGACGAGGAGCACUGCGCUGUGGCCACAUGCCAGCCUGACGAGUUCCGGUGCUUUGAUGGGACCUGCAUCCAUGGCAGCCAGCAGUGUGACAGGGAGCAUGACUGCAAGGACAUGAGUGAUGAGCUUGGGUGCAUCAAUGUGACUCUGUGCGAGGGCCCCAACAAGUUCAAGUGCCACAGUGGCGAAUGCAUCACCAUGGACAAAGUGUGCAACUCGGCCCGGGACUGCCGGGACUGGUCAGAUGAGCCCAUCAAGGAGUGUGAGACCAACGAGUGCCUGACCAACAAGGGUGGCUGCUCCCACCUCUGCAAAGACCUCAAGAUUGGCUACGAGUGCUUGUGUCCUGAGGGCUUCCGGCUGGUGGACCAGCGAAGAUGUGAAGAUAUCGACGAGUGUGAGGACCCCGACGCCUGCAGCCAGCUCUGUGUGAACUCAGUGGGCAGCUACCAGUGCAAGUGUGAAGAGGGCUUCCGGCUGGACCCCGUCACCAAGGGCUGCAAGGCUGUGGACACCAUCGCCUAUCUCUUCUUCACCAACCGCCACGAGGUGAGGAAGAUGACACUGGACCGCAGCGAAUACACCAGCCUCAUCCCCAACCUGAAGAACGUGGUCGCCCUGGACGUGGAAGUGGGCAGCCACAGGGUCUAUUGGUCCGACUUGUCCCAAAGGAAGAUCUACAGCACCCAGAUCCACAGAGCGUCCAGCUCCUCCUAUGACACCAUCAUCGACAAGGACCUGCAGGCUCCCGACGGGCUGGCCGUGGACUGGAUUCAUGGCAACCUCUACUGGACUGACUCCAUCCUGGGCACCGUCUCCGUGGCGGACACCAAGGGCGUGAAGAGAAAGACCCUCUUCAAGGAGAAAGGCUCCAAGCCGAGGGCCAUUGUGGUGGAUCCCCGUCACGGCUUCAUGUAUUGGACGGAUUGGGGGACCCCUGCCAAGAUCAAGAAGGGGGGCCUGAAUGGCGUGGACAUUCACUCACUGGUGACAGAGGACAUCCAGUGGCCCAAUGGCAUCACCCUGGAUCUUUCCAGCGACCGCCUCUACUGGGUCGACUCCAAGCUCCACUCCAUCUCCAGCAUCGACGUCACCGGGAGGCACCGGAAGACAAUUUUGGAGGACAAGAAGAGGCUGGCGCACCCCUUCUCCUUGGCCAUCUUUGAGGAUAAAGUAUUUUGGACGGAUAUCAUCAACGAAGCCAUUUUUAGCGCCAACCGCCACACGGGGUCCGACGUUACUUUGAUGGCAGAAAACCUGUUGUCCCCGGAGGACAUUGUCCUUUCCCACCGCCUCACACAGCCAAAAGGGGUAAACUGGUGUGAGACAGCUUUCUACUCCUACGGCGGCUGCCGGUACCUGUGUCUCCCGGCCCCACAGAUCAAUUCCUUCUCACCCAAGUUCACCUGUGCCUGCCCUGAUGGCAUGUUGCUGGCCGAGGACAGGAGGAGCUGCCGCCCAGCACAGAGCUUUGAGAGCGCUCCUCGGCCACAGGGCACUCAGGAAAUGUCUGAUCUUUCCAACACAGAACCUGUAGUGACCACCCAGGCCCCCAACAUGACUCGCUCCACUGUGACCACUCCUGAGCUCACCACCGCCAAGAUGGUGACGAAGACCCACCAAGCCCCGAAGAACAUUCCUAACAUAGAGGACGGGAAGGAGAGGCCCCGGGGCGUGAACUCGCUCUACAUCGUCCUCCCCAUCGUGCUGCUAGUCCUCCUGUGCCUCGGGGCCUUCCUCCUCUGGAAGAACUGGAGGCUGAAGAACAUCAACAGCAUCAACUUUGACAACCCCGUGUACCAGAAGACCACGGAGGAUGAGGUCCACAUCUGCCCCAGCCAGGACGGCUACACCUACCCCUCGAGGCAGAUGGUCAGGAUGGAGGAUGACAUGGCAUAA